AUGGAACCACAUUCAGUCGCUUUAUCAAGAUCAAGAAGCCCUCAGGGUUAUAGAAAUAGCCGUUCUCUUUCACGGUCGUCUAAACGGACAUCAUCUCCAGCAAGAGGAUCAUCAAAGAUUUUAAUUGAAAAAUUGACAAAAAAUGUAACAGUUGCUCAUAUUCGGGAAAUUUUUGGAUCAUAUGGUGAAAUUAGUUCAAUUGAUAUGCCUAUGAAUCGAAGAUUGAAUAUUAACCGUGGGCUAUGUUACAUUAUUUACACAUCAUCUAAUAGUGCCAAUGCUGCUAUAUCUCACAUGCAUGAAGGGCAAAUAGAUGGAUCCGUAAUUUCUGUAUCUAUUGUUUCUUCUCGUCCUUUUAAUACUCGCAAAUCGUCUUUUUCACCUGGACGACGUAUUUCUAUGCCUAUGAAAAGAUAUAGAAGGCCAUAUUCACCACCGAGAAGGAGUAUGCGUGAGUCUAGAAUUGGGGAUUCGUACAGGCCUCCUCGAAGAAGCUCUAAAUCUUCAAGUCCUUAUUAUAGAUAUAAUGGAAAUUCAAAAAAUAGGACGUCUAGUUAUAGUAGUUAUAGUAGUCGUAGUAGAAGAUAUUCUAGUGAAAGAAGUUGUUCCAGGGGGCGUAAUUAUUCUCGUAAACGGAACUAUUCACAUGGACGUAGUUAUUCACGUAGAAGCUAUUCUAAGUCAAGAAGUAUAUCUAGUAUUAGUAAAUAA